AUGUCCAUCGGCAAGACCAUGCUCGGUCGACGACAUGUUCUGCCUUCUGUUGUCUCAACCUUGACCGAGUUGCAAGUCGAGGGUACCUUUAAGACUGGCACAUACCUGGUCACUGUCCACCACCCGAUCAGUUCCGACGAUGGAGACCUUGAAAAGGCACUCUAUGGAAGUUUCCUUCCUGUGCCGUCGAAAGAUGCAUUCCCACUGCCAGAGGCAAGUGAGUAUGACAACAAGAAAAUGCCCGGUGCGGUCAUCCCCGUCAAGGAAGGUAGGAUUACGUUGAACGAAGGACGGAAGAGAAUUCGAUUGAAGAUCACUAGCAAGGGGGAUAGACCAAUACAGGUAUUGACAAGUCCCAGCUCUGCCCAGGAUAUCUCCAAGGCUGACCAUCUCACUCCGCAGAUCGGGUCUCAUUAUCAUUUUAUUGAAACAAAUCCACAACUAGAGUUCGACAGAGGCAGAGCUUACGGUUUCCGUCUCGACAUCCCAGCGGGUACUUCGGUCCGUUUCGAGCCCGGAGACGCCAAAACUGUCACGCUGGUCGAGAUUGCAGGCAACAAAGCGAUACACGGCGGGAACAAUCUCGCUUCUGGUCCCAUUGAUGUAUCUCGUGCAGAAGAAAUCGUACAGAAGCUUCAACAGGCCGGAUUUGCACACGCACCUGAACCUGCCGGUGACUUGGCCCAUAUAGACGUGGCCUCUAUGACCCGUGCAGACUAUGCCGGCAUGUUCGGUCCCACAACUGGUGAUCUUGUCCGACUGGGGAUGACAGAUCUCUGGAUCAAGGUCGAAAAGGACAUGACGGUUUACGGUGACGAAUGCAAGUUUGGUGGCGGCAAAACUCUUCGAGAGGGGAUGGGGCAAGCAUCCGAUCGGAAGGAUGCCGAUGUGCUCGACACGGUUAUCACUAAUGCCCUCAUCGUCGACUGGUCUGGCAUCUACAAGGCCGAUGUUGGAAUCAAAGACGGCAUCAUUGUGGGCAUCGGCAAGGCUGGCAACCCGGACGUCAUGAACGGUGUUCAUCCCAACAUGGUUGUCGGCAAUGGCACCGAUACCAUUGCGGGCGAACACAGCAUCCUCACUGCCGGAGGUAUCGACUCCCAUAUUCACUUGAUCUGUCCUCAACAGGUAUAUGAAUCCGUCGCAGCCGGCAUAACCACCUACCUAGGAGGUGGCACCGGCCCCAGUACAGGUACCAACGCGACGACCUGCACGCCCGGAAAAUGGCACAUGAAACAGAUGCUUCAAGCGAUCGACUCACUUCCCAUCAACUACGGUAUCACAGGUAAAGGAAACGACAGCUCCCCUGUUGCCCUCCGUGAGCAAUGCGAAGCUGGUGCUUGCGGUCUCAAAUUACAUGAAGACUGGGGCACGACUCCCGCCGCAAUUGAUACCUGUUUAUCCGUGUGCGAUGAAUACGACGUCCAAUGUCUCAUUCACACCGACACGCUCAACGAGUCCGGCUUCGUGGAAUCCUCUGUCGCUGCUUUCAAGGGUCGAACCAUUCACACAUACCACACCGAGGGUGCCGGUGGCGGACACGCACCCGAUAUAAUCUCCGUAGUUGAACAUCCCAAUGUGCUCCCUUCGUCGACCAACCCCACAAGGCCGUACACGAGGAAUACACUGGAUGAGCACCUCGACAUGCUGAUGGUCUGUCACCACCUUUCCAAGAACAUCCCGGAAGACGUCGCCUUCGCCGAGUCCCGCAUUCGCGCAGAGACCAUCGCGGCAGAAGAUGUGCUCCACGAUCUCGGCGCGAUUUCUAUGAUGUCCUCCGAUUCGCAGGCCAUGGGCCGCUGCGGCGAAGUGAUCCUUCGCACAUGGAACACGGCGAACAAGAAUAAACAGCAGCGUGGAACGCUGAAAGAAGACGAGGGCACGGAUGCGGACAAUUUCCGGGUCAAGAGGUACCUGAGCAAGUAUACGAUCAAUCCGGCCAUCGCGCAGGGGAUGAGCCACUUGUUGGGUAGUGUCGAGGUGGGAAAAGUGGCAGACUUGGUACUCUGGAAGCCGAGCAUGUUUGGCACGAAGCCCAGUUUGGUGGUUAAAGGGGGAAUGAUAAGUUAUGCGCAAAUGGGCGACCCCAACGCCUCCAUCCCCACCGUGCAACCAGUGCUCAUGCGGCCCAUGUUCGCAGCGCACGUACCUUCCAGGAGCAUCACAUUCGUGUCGCAGCACUCGCUAGCCUCAGGGGUUGUGGCCUCGUACAACCUGUCCAAGCGCGUCGAGGCCGUCAGGGGCUGCCGCACCGUCAGUAAGAAGGACAUGAAGUUCAACGACGCCAUGCCCAAGAUGAAGGUCGAUCCCGAGUCGUACAGGGUCGAGGCCGACGGCAUUCUCUGCACCGCCGCCCCUGCUGAGGUGGUACCCUUGGGCCAAACGUAUUUUGUUUACUGA